AUGUAUCACGUCUACUCCCCUCCGGCGAUCGACGUCGCCGGUGUGUUUGAACUGAUGUCCUUGGUGAUCUCUGGGAUGAAAUCCAUAAUGGACAGAAAUGAGGACUUUACAUUUCUUAAAAGCAUGAUCAUGGAAAGGAGAUUCCAUCUACUGGUCAAGAUCCAUGCGAGGUUGAGGCGGUUUGGAUCAAGGAAUCCUGUCCCGGUCCGCGAUAACGCAAAGAGUCUGGCCUGUAACUUGGCUGAGGAGCUGUGGACUCAAGUGGCUAGUGCUGAAUGUUCAGAGUUGAUCAGCCUGCUCUCCAACCCGCACAUCAAGGGCAUUCUCUCUGUUCACGACAUAGUAGCACAGAAAGGUUAUGACCCCGAGCUGCCACCCCUACCUGAUAACAUCGAAGAAGAGGAUGAGGACUCUGUGAAGAUUAUAAGCCUGUUCAAAAGCCAGGAGCCACUGGUGAGUGGAUCAUGGUCGUAG